UCGCGAUAACAGCACAGAUCUUGUUCUCGGAAAGGAGGGAGUUCGAAGUAAUGCUAGCUAGCUGUUGUUACUAUCUAUAACUACCUAACUAGUCAACUUUUUUUAAACGUCAAGUGCCAAGAAGCUACAGCAACCGUGUAAACAGUGGACCACCAUGGACAUUGAGGAUGACACGACGGUGUUCUCCACUCUGAAGUCCUUUAAGAGUUUCAUCUCUCUUCCGGACACGUCUCGGAACCAGGGAGAACCCGCCCCGGUGCAGAGCCACAUCCUACAGAACCAGUACCUGCAGAGAUUACAGUUGCUGGAGGCAGCAGAGAAGGUUCAGUCUAAGACCCAGCUGAUCCAGUUGGAUCAGGAGAAGAGACAGAUGGAGAUCAGUCACAAGAGGGCACGCAUCGAACUGGAGAAGAACGCUACGCUGAGCGCUAGGGACUUUGAGCGUGAGGUGGACCGUAACCAGGACCUGCUGGGACGUAUCAGACGCCUGGAAGAGAGGGAGGCGGAGUCUAGCCAGAGCCUAUCGGAAAAGGCAGAGGCAAACCGUGCUCUACAUCGGACCCUGGAGUCUCUCAACAGGAGGGUGGAGGAGAGGGAUGGAUGGCUCAACACCUCUAACCAGACGAUGAGCGGUUUAAAGGAUGAGAUCCGGGACCUGAAGCAGCAGGUCCAGACGCGGGACAACACCAUCUCUAACCAGACACUGGAGAACCAGGGACUACAGGAACAAGUGGAGCUACAACACAGGAAGUACCAGGAAGUGUCUCAGCGGUGCCAGGCCCUCCAGUUAGCAUCAUCCACCUGCUCCGACCACGAACUCAAGAUUAAGGAGUUGGAGAGGAAGUUGGCUCUGCAGGAACAGGAUGUUGUCAUAGUGAAGAACAUGAGGUCAGAGGUCGCUAGGGUCCCGGAUAUGGACAAGGAGCUCCGACAGCUAAGGGAGGAGAAUGUUUACCUCAGGGAGACGAGGGAGAACGUGAUCCUGCUGAAGGAGGAAACGGAGGGUUUGAGACGUAAGGUAGAACGGAUGGAGAAGAUGAAAGAGGAGAUGGUGAACGUGGAGCUGGAGAAGGAGAAACUGUCUCAGAAACUGCAGGCCUGGGAGAACCUGGGACAGUCUACUGGACUCAACAUACGGACACCAGAGGAUCUGUCCAGAGAGGUGAUUCAGAUCCAACAACGAGAGAUCGCUGUCAAACAACACAACUACACUCUCACCAGCAGCUGUAGGUCAGUGGAGCGUUCUAAGGCUGACCUCCAGGGGGAGCUGUUGUCGCUACGUUCUAAAGCUCUGGAAGAACAGAAGAAGAGGGAGACCCAGGAAUCACUGGUCAGACGACUACAGAAGAGAGUGUUGCUGCUCACCAAG